UGCGCAAACGCCGUAGGUGCUAGCGUGUCGGGCGCAGAGUGCGUAAGCGGCGCGGUAGGGCUGAGGGGCGGCCGGGCCUGGCGGCGCGGCGGGACGCAGGUGUGUGUGGGGAGGAGCCGCCGCCGCCGCCCCGGGGCGCGUCAACGGACACUGGUCGUGAGCUUUCACCCACACCCAGUCCCUCUGGCAGCGACCCAGGGCCGUGACUGCAAACACUCACCACAGGCGGACCCGUCCCCGCCGGCCGAAGGAGCGGGACUGGGCCUGGGUUGCAGCCCCGGGCCCGGCGGAGGGAUGGGGCAAGGCUGAGGUGAGGCGAGGCCCGAGCACCCCUUACCCAGGCAGUGCACGUCCCUGAUGGGUUUUAUAUCCCACUGCAAAAUCCAAAGCGGUGCAGAAAGAGAGCAGCCUCCCAAAUAGAGCCGAGGAGUAGCGUUUCCAUAAAUCAAGACAAACGAGUUCCAGUUAGCUUUCAGCUGUGGUAAUUCUUCCUAAUCCCAGACAUGUGGCUGUUCUAGAGCAGAUGGGCACUGCGGUGAGGUGAGCUCCAAGUCCUGUUGUUCACCAGAGUCUUCAGAGAAGUGCUAGCGAGCCAAAACCUUUAGCCUCGAUCAGAAAAUUGUGAUUGAUCCUCAUCUGGAGUUUGCUUGUAAAUAUGAGCUGAUACAGAAGCCUGUGUCCUAGGAAUGCCCCCGGCCACCUCAGCCCCCAACCACUUCUGAGCUCCUGUCACUGCCAUGGAGGAGACACCAGGAAUUUCAUCCUCUGAAAAUGAGAGCAGCUGUUCCUCAUCCCCCUGUGAAAAUGGUGGGAGCUGUCAGGAUUUGGAAGUGGGAUACAAGUGCAUCUGCCCUGUGGAGCCUGUAGCCUACAUGGGCAUAAACUGUGAACACCUCUAUGAUGCAUGCGUUAAACAUGAGUGUACUGCCCACAGGAUGUGCAACAGCACUCCAGGAUUCCUGGAAUAUGACUGCAUCUGUAUGCCUGGCUUCACAGGUAUUGAUUGUAACAUUAAUAUUAAUGAGUGUGAGAGCAACCCUUGUACAGAUCCUCGUUUUGAAUGUGUAGAUAGUGUAAAUGGAUACACCUGUAAAUGCCAAACAGGACUGAGUGGAGAAGGCUGCCAAACAGAAAGCUCUGUGUGCUCUAGCCACCCCUGCCUAAAUAACGGGACGUGUGUGGAGGGUCCUGGGGACUAUACCUGCAUCUGCCAGCCUGGCUUCACCGGGGCCAACUGCAGAGACAACAUUGAUGAGUGCACCUCCAACCCCUGCCAGAACGGAGCCAUCUGCCGAGACAGGGUCAAUGAGUAUAGCUGUUUCUGUGUGCCUGGGUUCCAAGGAUACAACUGUGAAAUAGACAUCAACGAGUGUGCAUCCCGGCCCUGUAGGAACAAUGGUACCUGCCUCAAUGAGAUGGAUCACUAUGUGUGCAAGUGCAUCCCCGGCUACACAGGUGUGAACUGUGAUGCUGAAAUCGAUGAAUGUGAUUCAGACCCUUGCCAGAAUGGGGGCCUGUGCCACGAUCACGUUGGGUUCUACACCUGUACCUGUGCCCCAGGUUACCAAGGAAUGCAGUGUGAGGUGGACAUCGAUGAAUGUGUGAGCCAGCCAUGCCUGCACAAUGGGACAUGUCAUGACCUCGUUAACAGCUAUCGUUGUGACUGCAGUGACACAGGCUUCCAGGGGGACCACUGUGAGUUGGAUAUCCUGGAGUGUGCCUCUGAACCCUGUCUGAACAGUGCAACGUGUGUGGAGGGAAUCAAAAACUACAGCUGUGUCUGCUGGCCAGGUUACACAGGGCAGCACUGUGAAGAGGAUGUGGAUGAGUGUGCGACAUCUCCCUGUCACAACGGCGGCGUAUGCUUGGAGAGAUCCAACCAAACCUAUUAUGGAACACGACCUGAGUUCCCCAGUGAUUUCAGCUAUAGCCAAGCAGCUGGUUUCCUCUGUUGGUGCCAGCCAGGCUUUGCAGGGGAGACCUGCUUUACCAACAUCGAUGAGUGCGAGUCCCAGCCGUGCCAGAAUGGAGGGCUCUGCGUGGACCUUACUAAUGGCUUCCUUUGUAAUUGCCUGCCAGGUUAUUCAGGUGUGGAAUGUGCUGUUAACAUCAAUGAGUGUGAGGAGGGUCCCUGCAAGAAUGGAGCUGUCUGUGAGGAUGGCAUUGCUGACUAUACCUGCCACUGUGCCCCUAGCCAGGAUGGCAUUGUAUGGGGAGGGAAGAACUGCUCUGUCAAGCUCACUGGGUGCCAGACGCACGACUGCCAAAAUGAGGCCUUGUGCAUCCCAACCUACCAAGCUGAGAGUCACGGCCACCUGUGCCAGUGCCAGCCUGGUUUCUAUGAUGCCACAUGCUCAACACCAACAACGUUUUCCUUUGCUUCCAGAGGGUAUCUCCUCAUUGAGCUGCCCGUGAACAAUCAGAGCAGGAGGGACGUAGCAGGAGAUCAGCUUGCCAGCGUGUCCCUCCGGUUCCGAACCACCUUGCCCAGCGCUAUCCUUUUUUACCGAGGCCAUGAAGCUGAAUACUUGUUCCUGGAGCUCUAUGAUGGCAUUCUGCAUGCAGGACUGAAGAAGGAGGAUGUUGGGUACCUGCUGCUCCUGGAGGGUCUGAGAGUUGAUGAUGGCCAGUGGCAUAAAGUUGAAGUUGCUCUGCACAGCACGAUGGAGCUAAAGCUCUGGCAUGACUCUUGUGAUGCAGGUAUCUGCCUGAAGAGCUCUCCUGUCCCACAGGGCACUGCUUUGAUCCCGCAUACCUUCCCGAACAUGUAUGUUGGAGGUGCUGAGGAUCCAAUGGCCAACAACACACACAGCCAGCAAGGCUUUGUUGGCUGCAUGGAAGACUUGCAGGUAGACACUGAGGCUGUGCUCCCAGCGGAUCUGCCUGCGGGUGGGUCCUCCCCAGUGAAGUGGGGCUGUGACCGGACCGAGUGGUGCCUCUCCCAGCCCUGCUUCCACGGAGGCCUCUGUGUGGAUCUUUGGUCAGCCUUCAGGUGUGACUGUUCCAGGCCUUACGGAGGCCCAGCUUGCUCAUAUGAGCGCCCAGCAGCAACAUUUGGCCUAGAGAAUUCCACCAGCUUUGCCUCUUUCACCCUCUCUGACAACCUUGGUGCAAACUUCAACAUCUCCUUUUUCAUUCGGACUCGGAAACCUAAUGGUUUGCUAUUGCAGAUCAGCAACGAAACUGCCCCCUGCCUCACCAUGUACUUGAGGAAUGGCAGGCUGCAGGUACAGAUGUUGUCUGCAGAUACUGUGACAUUGCCAGAAAAUCUGGUUGAUGGGAGAAGACAUUUGGUAGCUCUGUCUUUCCAAGGAGGAAUUGUUGGUGCUCACCAGUCGGACACUUAUGUGGAGUUGGGACAGCUCGUAGCAAGACCACUUCUAGCUGGUUAUGGAGUGUAUAUAGGUGGGCAUCCUAACCCAGACAAUGCAGAUGUGUGGGGAGGUUAUUUUAAAGGCUGUUUGCAAGACCUCCAGCUGAACAGCCACCAAAUACAGCUUCUUCAAGUUGAGAACUACAGUCUGCCACAGGAACUCAAUAGGACUCAAAGUGGUAAUCUGGUGAAUGGUUGCAUCUCUGAUAACACCUGCAAGUCUGAACCAUGUCAGAAUGGGGGCACAUGCACUGUCACUUGGAAUGACUUCCAUUGCAGCUGCCCAGCAAAUUUCACUGGGAAAUUUUGUGAAGAAAGAGUCUGGUGUGAAAGUGACCCAUGUCCUGAAGCUACCACCUGUAUAGAUGUUCCAGCAGGAUAUGUGUGUCUGUCUAAUGCAACAUUUGAUAGUUAUGCUGCCAUUGAGUUUACCACCAAUGCAUCAGUGACUAGAACUCUGAGCAGCCUCCACGUGGACUUCAGAACCAGGGAUGAAGAUGCUGUUUUGCUUCGGGCUGUGGAAGAAGUGGAUUCCCUCCAGAUAGCCAUUAAGAACUCCUCCCUGCUUGUUGACAUCAGGAGUGGGAAUAGCAUCGAAAGUGUCAGCUUCCUGAGUCAGAAGCCCGUCACGGACGGUGCCUGGCACACCAUCUCUGUGUCCAUGGAGGAGCCAUCUGCCCUUUCUUCCAGAUGGCUCAUUCAUUUGGAUGACUCCGUUAAUAUGACUCUGCAGGGAACUGCUGGGAACUUGGACUUCCUGAAGAACAACGCGCUCGUUGUUGUAGCUGAAAACUUCACUGGCUGCCUCGGACAAGUGAGGAUCGGGGGGAUCUACCUGCCAUUCACUGCCCAUCUCUCGUACCCCCAGGCAGAGCAGUUCCAGCAGUCCAGCAGAAGGACCAUCCAGCUGGGCUGUGCUGGGGCUGAUGUUUGUGCUUCCAGCCCUUGCCUCAAUGCUGGUACCUGCGAGGACUUGUUCAAUGCCUUCAGCUGCGCCUGCAGCGCUGGCUGGGGGGGGCUGCUCUGUGAGGCUAACAUUGAUGACUGCCAGUCCAGCCCGUGUGUGCACGGGGACUGUGUCGAUGCAGUAGCAGAUUUCCAGUGUCAAUGCUUCCGGGGGUUCAUUGGGAAGAGGUGUGACAUCAACGUGGAUGACUGUGUGCGGCACCAGUGCCUGAAUGGGGCUACCUGCAUCGAUGGCGUUUAUGGCUACUCCUGCAAGUGCCCUCCUCACUAUUCGGGACCUCGCUGCGAAUGGCCGUUCCCACCUGAGCAAUGUGGGAAGAACUUCACCUGCCUGAAUGGUGGCAAGUGCAUCAGUGAGAGCUGGGGAGCCAACUGCAGCUGCAAGCCAGGCUUCGCUGGAAGGAAUUGUCAAAUUAACGUAAACAAGUGUGAUCCAAACCCUUGCCAGAACGGGGGCACGUGUCACGACUCUGAGAACAAAUACGAGUGUCUGUGCAGCGCCAGCUACACCGGGGAGCGCUGCGACAUCAACAAAGGGACUCCAGGUGCUCUCUUCCCCUCCCCACUAAUUGAAGUAGCUGUCCCUGUAGCCUGUGGCUCUUUACUGCUACUCAGUAUUGGUCUCAUAUUCAUGAUUUUCACUGCAAGGAAGAGGCGCCAAUCAGAGGGAACCUACAGCCCGAGUCAGCAAGAAGUGGCAGGAGCGCGGUUGGAGAUGGACAGUGUCCUAAAGGUGCCACCUGAAGAGCGGUUAAUAUAGGCCCUGCCAUGACAAGGAGAUGCACCUGCGAGGUCUGCUUUGACCCUGACCUUUUUCCAGCACUUGCAGCAGCAGAACCACCCCAUCCCAGUUUUCUUAAGGCGUAUGUGGUGAUGAAGAUGUGAACUUAGAAGGACCAGGCAGUCUGCAGGCAGCGGCUGCUCCAGUGAGCAAGUCAGUGCAGAGCACUGGCUCUGUGAGCUGCUCUGCUCCUGCCCUCCCUGCCCCAUGGACUGCCCCAGCCAUUCAGGGGCUGGUGAGGAGCUCUGGCUCCAUUUCCCCUUUCAGGCAGUAAUGGCACAAUUACAUCUGCUUUAAAUGGCAGGGUUAAAUUAGGCGCUAAUUUACAGAUUAAGAUCUGUAUAUCCCUUUAAGGAGCGUUGUAUGGAGGGUGUUUAAGGUUGGUUUGUAUAUACUGUUCUGUUUCUGUCAACUGAAAAACACUCGACGCUUUUCCAGCUCAGGAAAGCCAGCAGCCUUCAACAGCAACAGCAGCUGUGACCUCCUGCCCCGUCACAGCCACCCUGCUACAGGGAACUGCCAGGAAUGACUGAAAUCAUUGUGCAGAUCAAUGUUUUAUGAAGUGAUGGCUGUUUGUUAGACAUUCCCAUGGGUACCGCGGUCAGAACUGUGCGGGUUUGGGGCCAUGGGCUGAACUUGGGGCUCAUGAGGGCCACAGGGAAGCAGGGAAAGGCUGCUCUGCAGGCCCUGGACUCUUGGGUGACAGGGAGGGCACAGUGAAGGGGGGGAGCUCCUGUCUGGCACUGCUGGCAGCACAGUGCGGCUCAGAGGGAGGCAUUGGGGAAUGCGGAUGAGGGAUGUGAAAUGCAGCGCUGGCCGUGUGGAAGCUCUAACACCCUGUUCUACCACAGCAGCCGGUGUGGGCCCAUCUUAGCAACUCCUCCCUGGUGGGAGCAGUUGGGGUUGCGGGCGCUGCCCUGCUCCUGGUAGUGGUUGCAGCCGCAGCGAUUGUCAUGAAGAGGAGGAGAGCAACUCAGGGAACGUACAGCCCGAGCCGUCAAGAAAAAGAUGGGGCUCGAGUGGAAAUGUGGAA